CUGUUAGCUACCAUCUGAAUCACAUUCACAGCAAAUAUGAAAUUAACCAAAUUAUUCUUCUUAGUAUUUUUGGUUCAACUAUUUUAUGUCAUUCCCAAAACUUCUGCUCAAUUAUUUGAGUUUCUCUAUAAUUUGUGUGGAGACAAUCACUCCACUCCCAAUGCUUAUCUAACAAACCUUAAAACAACCCUCAAUUCUAUGUCUUCAAACACCCAAAUCACCUAUGGUUACUAUAACUUCACCGCCGGUCAACAACCCAACAAAGUCGAAGCCAUGGCUCUCUGCAGGGCCGAUAUCUCAGUCGAUGAUUGUCGUGAUUGUGUCAGUUCUUCUGCUUCUAGUCUGCUUUCAGUCUGUCCCAACAGUAUGAAGGCGUUCGGGUAUUCUGACAACUGUGUAAUAUAUUACACAAACAUCAGUCUGUUUCAUGUUUUAACAGAUAGGCCAUUUUGGGCUCUUCGGUUUGAUGGCAGAAUUACUGCUGAUAUCCCCAAGUUUAACAGUUCGCUUACUACUUUGAUGACCUCUUUGCAAAACAAGGCUUCCUUAGGUAAUUCUGUUCUUAAAUUUGCUACCGGAAACACGAAAGUUACUGCCAAUCAAUCCUUGUAUGGUCUUGUUCAGUGUAGUCCUGACUUGAAUAGGCUCGACUGUGUUAAGUGUGUGCAAAAUCUCACUUUGAGUGUCUUCACACAGUAUUUUAUCACCACUAGUCCUUUAUAUAUGGCUAAAGGAGGAAGAGUGGUUUCGGCUAGUUGCAAUCUUCGGUAUGAGCUCUAUCCUUUCUAUAAGAAUGUAACUUACAUAGCUACUCCACCUGCCUCCAACAGAAAUGCCACUACUUCUAUUCAAGGUGCAAGUAGUAGCAAAUCACAUAAAAUCAUUGCUAUCGUUGUUCCGAUUGUUGGAUCAUUAGUACUCAUCCUUAUCAUAGCUUCCUUCUGUAUCUUUGUACGAAGGAAGAAGCAGAUAAAGUUUUCAGGAAAUUUUGACAAGGAAGAAAUGGACACUCUUCAAUCCUUACAAUUCAGUACUGGGGCAAUCAAGGUUGCAACAGAGAACUUUGCUGUUGAAAAUGUGCUCGGAAAAGGUGGAUCCGCCACUGUUUACAAGGGAAAGCUGACUGAUGGGCAAGAAAUAGCGGUGAAGAGGAUCGAACGACAUGCAGUUCUAGGGGAAGAGCAGUUCAAAAAUGAAAUUCUGACCCUAGCAAAGCUGCAUCACGGGAAUCUAGUGAGACUUCUCGGAUUCUGCUUGGAAGAAGAUGAAAUGCUUCUCAUUUAUGAGUUUGUCGUCAAUAAAAGCCUUGACGCCUUUCUUUUUGACCCAGAGCACCGUGCAUCUAUGCACUGGGAUACGCGGCUUGACAUUAUUAAUGGCGUUGCUAGAGGACUCCUAUACCUGCAUGAAGAUUCACAACAGCGGAUUAUACACCGUGACUUGAAAGCUGCUAAUGUUCUGCUAGACGCUGAUUUCAUCCCUAAGAUUGCAGAUUUUGGCCUAGCAAAGUUGUUCAAGGCUGACCAAUCUCAAGCAGUGGCAAGCAAAGUAGUUGGUACUCACGGAUACAUGCCACCGGAGUAUUUGAUCCAAGGUCAGGUGUCAUUGAAGUCGGAUGUGUUUAGCUUUGGUGUACUUGUUUUGGAGAUAGUAAGCGGCCAAAAGAUUAGCUCUUUCCAAAUUGGAGAAAAACAGGAAAGUCUGCUUGCUUAUGCAUGGGAAAACUGGCAAGAAGGCAAAGCGUGGAAUCUUGUAGACCCUGCACUAUCCCCUGCUUUUAGUGCUGAGAUACUGAGAUGCAUACACAUCGGUUUGCUAUGUGUUCAGAAUAACAUGGCCGAUAGACCAACUAUGUCUUCAGUAUCUCUUAUGCUAAGUAGCAACACUAUGACCCUGGAAGCGCCUUUGCAACCAGCAUUUUUCAAACAAAACCGUCCCAUGCUACUAAGUGAACCUUCACAAGACAAUUCCUCAGAUCAAUCAAAUAGCAGAUCAUUAUCAGUUAAUGAAGCUUCUGUGACAGAGCUCUACCCUCGAUAAUAGAGAUGCUGCUAAUGUUACAACUGUGUCUGCAGCUUUAUAAUUACAGUAUAAUUUAUUGCAAUAUAAUAGUAGCCAACUGUUGUUACACCAUGUGAUGAUUUGUAGAGACCCUCCCAAAGUGAUGCUAAAUAUGGGAAGUAAAAAAGGAAACUGACCUACAAUCAUGCAAUCACAGGACUUGUUCUCUUCAGCUUAAUUUCAGUUUAGUUCAAUUCA